AUGACGCCGAUCGAAGGCGGCCCGAAUAAGUGCAUCGAGAUACGUAACCGACGAACUAAUACUCUUGAUAUGUGCGUGUACCAGGGCCAGCUGGAGACAGCUCGGGCCAGGCUCGCCGGCAGAGGCGUAGGCGUAGACGCGGUAACGGCAGCCUUCGCGACGGCAAUGUCCAAGGUCGUGGCGGCGUCGCCAGGAGUGCUGGGUCGGGAGGAUGGCGGCAGCCGCGUGCUGUCCCUCCUCAAGUCUUCCUCGGAGGGUGUCCUUGAGGCGCUUCAGGAACCCCGUGCCGCCGCCGGCGCCGUUGCCGCCACGGCUGCGGCCAUGCCGGCCGAUGUUGCAGCCAGAGAGGUGAGAGCCGCAGCGAGAUCCAUGGCAAAGCUCGCGACGGCCGUGCUGGCCACGUUGAGGACGGGCUCGGAGGUGGAUUACGCGUCCGUAAAGGCGGAGGUCGCCGCCGAGGCGCAAAGGCUCAGGGACCUGGCGGACGGGCACGGCCGGGAACUCGCCGCUCUCUCCCGGCGGGUGGAGGCGGCGGUAGGGCAGAUGGAGGCCUGGCAGCAGAGGAAGGCGGAGGCGCCGGAGUUUGCGGCUGAGGAGGCGGCGCGGGAGGAGGCCUGGAGCGAGGCGAACCGAGAGGCGAACUCCCGCGCCCUGCGGGAGAUGCGCGCGCUGAUUCCCGAAGCGGUGUGGGACAUGAACGCCGGCGACAUCCAGGCUGCUGCUGCCCAAGCGCCUGCGCAGGCGGGGGUGUCGGCGGACGGUGGGGGGGGUGCUACCCGUGUGGGCGGCGUGUUCUACCCGUCAGAACUGUGCGUCCGUCUCAAGGAGUGCCGGCCCCUGCACUGGCUGGUUAGUGCCCCAGAGGACAUCGCCGGCGCCAACUUCCUGGCCGGGGAGGGGGCCGCGGCGUUCACGCAGCUGGAAGGGAUGGACCUAACGGAGAUGCGGGCGGUGUGGAGCGUCCUGCCCCGAGAGUUCCUGAGGGACGGCGACGGCAAGAAGGCGGAGUGGCGGGCCAGGUUCAGGGUCCAGCUCGAGGGGCUGGCUCGGCAGCAGGAUGGGGCCGUCGUGACCGCCGGGUGGGUGUGGACGGUCUAG